AUGAAGUCCAUCCACCACCCCCUCCCCCUUCUCCUGAAAACCCUCACGAUCCUCUGUCUCUUCCCAUCCACCUUGGCCUCAUCCAAGACCCUCCUAAUUCCCUCCAUAUCCUUCAACUCCACCACCACCUUCAACACCUACUGGUCCCUCAACUACCCCUGGGGCACCGACCACAACGGUGCCGCGCGCAUGUCCCCAUCCCAAGUCACCACGUCCUCAGACGGCACCACCUUAAACCUAACCGCCCACCGCGUCACCGGCCAAAAACCCGCCACCCACGGCGGCAAACAGAUCCCCAUCAAAUACCUAUCCGGCGCCAUCCACGCCAAGCAGCACUUCACCAUCACUUCUUCCAGCGCUGUAACAGGCUACGACUUCUCCGCCGAGUUCCGUGCCCCCGUUGCCAAGGGAACGUGGCCUGCGUUUUGGCUGACGGCUGUGAAUGGAUGGCCGCCGGAGAUUGAUAUGGCGGAGUGGAAGGGGAGUGGGAAGAUUAGCUUUAACACGUUUAAUACUAGUAGUCAGGUUAUGGCGAGGGAUGUGCAGUAUGGAAGCGAGAAGGAGUGGCAUAGGGUUGUGUGUGAGGUUAGGAAGGAUAUGAGGAAUGGUGGGAGUGGGAAGGAUGUGGAGGUGAGGUUUUGGAUGGAUGGGAAACUGGUGGUGACGCAGUGGGGGAGGGGGAUCAUUAACCUCCAGAUGGAAGGGUCGUCGGGUUCGCCUGGUCCUGAAGCGGACACUUUAUAUCAAGUUCGGAAUCUCGAGGUCUGGAGUUAUGGUGACUGA